AUGUUUGGAUCUCAGCAACCAAUACAGAAGCUUCCGUCUAUUUCGCAGGACCAGAGGUAUGGUCAGCAGCAGUAUGCGAUAGGAAAUGGGAUGAACAAUAGUGGGGUGAGUAGUGGGAUAAUUAGGGGGAGGAGUACAGGGAUAAGUGAUGGCAUGAAUUCUGGUGUGAAUUCUGGCAUUAUUUCUGGCGUUAACUCUGGCAUGAACUCUGACAUGAACUCUGACAUGAACUCUGGCAUGAACUCUGGCAUAAGCAGUACUUCCAGAAUCGAUACCCGGCAGCAGCUGCCCGGUAUGACAUCGCAGCUCCCGCCUCUCUCCAGCGUGUACACGGCGGACCCCGUGCAGCAGCCUGCCCGGUACUCGCCGUUCGCGCCGUUGUCGCCGGGGGAUGAUGUGGAAAGAGGGGUAAGGAAAGUCCGGCGCAGGAAGCGGUCGGUGAUCAGCACCGGGUCGGGCGCUCGGUCUAGGUCGCGGUCGCGGUCCCAGUCCCGGCGGGGCUCCCGGUACGGGGAGUUGCUAGAGGGGGGAAGUGGGAUUGGGAAUAAUCUUGCAAAUAGAAUUAAUGGAAUUAGUGGUGGGAAUAAUGGGGAUAGUGGUGGAAAUAAGGGAAUUAGUGAUGGAAAUAAUGGAGAUGGUGGUGGAAAAAAUGGAGAUAUCAUUGACAACAAUCAGGAGACCGACAACAAGCCAUCAAUAGCCAAACCCCUCAUGUGCAAAAGAAGAGGCCCCUGGUCGCCUGAGGAGGACAAAAAACUCCUCUCCUUAGUGGAUGUUUUUGGCGGGGAGAAAAAUUUGAACUGGGUGAAAAUCUCGCAGAUGCUCGGGACCCGGACCGCGAAGCAAGCCAGGGAGCGGUACCACCAGAACUUGAAGCCCUCACUCAAUAAGUCGCCCAUCACGCCCGAGGAAGGCCGGGUGAUCGAGGGCUUGGUGGCGAAGUACGGGAAGCGGUGGGCGGAAAUUGCCCGGCACUUGAACGGCAGGAGCGAUAACGCAAUCAAGAACUGGUGGAACGGCGGGGCAAACCGGCGUCGGAGGGCCCGGGAGGCACAGGCUCGCAAAGAGGCUACGGGGCCACUAGCUCGGCAGCCACCGCGUGUGCCCUUCGUGGUGCAGCCCUCCGCGCCUCAGUUCAACACAUCGAUUUUUUGCUCCUCCGCCAAUAAUAACAGCAACAGCAGCGGCAGCAGUGGCAGCGUUAGCGCGGGCGUCGGCUCCGACCCGGCAAUCCUCGACCAGGGGCAACCCAUCCAUUUGCCCCCACUCCGGUACGGCCGCAGUGCGUCUGUCGACAUGCGUUCCAAUCUGGGAAUUCCCCAGGAGCCCCUGGCUUCCUCUUUGAGAAAACAGACUUUGCUCGGGGCCGGCCCGGCCGACUCCCUUCUUCGCAGGCACUCUGUGGCCACCGUUAAUCCGAUGGGCAACAUUGGGGGUGUGGGAAAUAUGGGCAACUCGAUGGGCAACUCGAUGGGCAACUCUAUGGGCAAUUUGGGCAAUAUGGGCAACCCAAUGGUUUCGCCACUGUCUAAUUUGUCGUCGCGGAAUUCCUCCAUCACCGAGUACUCCGCCUUCGGUCUACCGGGAGGCGACGCGGGCAUUAACCCGUCCCGCCGGGCCUCCGCCUUCGCCAUACCCCCUUCGUCCGCCCCAUACGUCUCACCCUCCUUUGCCCCUAGGCUCUCGUCCUCGUCCUCGUCCUCGCAAAUUCCCCCCAUGACCCUCGACGACCCCGCAGGCCACCAGGGCCAAAGCCAGCAGCAGGGUCUGCCUGGCUUGCGGAGGGAUAUCUUCAAGAAGAACUUCACCCUGCAGCCUAGUAGUGCCGGCACUGCCCAGCCCUCCAGGGGCGCGCCCGAGCCGGGCCCCUCGUCCAACUUUGGCCCCUCAAAUUUUGCCCCCUCGAAUUCUGCCUCGUCCAAUAUUGCCCCAUCUAAUUCAACCCCAUCUAAUUCUGCCCCAUCUAAUUCUGUGCCCACUCCAGCCACAACAUCCGGCAGCCCUGACAUCGACGCUAGGAAGGAUAAGAUGAGCAUUUCUUUUUUGACCUAA